CCAAUUUUGAGUACUCUUCUUCCCUGGCAAUUCCCCCGUCUGUCCCCCCAUUCCUCGCAUGAAGCAAAAGAAUUCCUCAAUCAUCCCAACUUGCAAUUUGCGCGCUCAGAAGCCGGCCAAAGCCGUAGUCAGAGCGGGUCAUGACGUCAUCACUGAGAGGUUUGCGCACGCCCUCUACACUUUGGUUGCUCACACUUGUCCAUGAGCAUAGCCCAGACCCGAAGAGUCGUGCCGGGAGAGCAAUUUCGGGAAAGAAGAGCUGGAUGGGUGGAGGACCAGGAGUCUAGGACUUGUAAACAAGACCACAGAGAUGCUCAGUGCGUGAGCAUUUGAACAGUGAUGUGGACUUUAUUCUGCAUUUGUGAGUGAUUAAUGGUGAAGAGUCAGUGAAAACUGAAAGACUCAUAGUGAUUAGAACUUUUGUGUUCCACGAGGGAAGGACAGAGCCUUUGGGCAAGUGUAUCAGUGGUGGACAAUUUCUUUUUCAGAGAAGUGGUACAGUGUAAAGUGUUGUGCUUUCAGUGAUUCAGUGAAGUGAGAAUUGACUUUUACUGUCGGAACCAGUUGUUGGAUCAUGAGCCUUUGCGACUAUCAGUCUGUCUCUUGUGAAGCUUUCGUUCGAAGCAUUUAAAGCAGAUCUCAAAAAGUAUGGCCAGCCGAAGUCCCGGUAACGGUUCAACCGGAGGAGGGCACCCCGGUGAUAACAAUGACGAACAAGAAAAGAAGAAGGGGUCGAUUGGACGAUCGUUCUUCGCCAAACUGAGGCGAAGAAAUAGUUCGAAAGAUCGAAAAUCCUUGGGGAGUAAUCAAGGCAGUCGUCCGCAAACUCCGUCAACAUCGCCUCAACCAGAUGUUCGUUUGGAGAGAGCGUAUUAUGGAAAGAACUCCGACGCCAGGGACCGUUCCACGGAGGAUCCAAGGCGACAUACGAUUCCCCGAGCAGCUAUAGGUGGCAGUCCAAUUCCACCUCCAGGUGAUCAUUCCGACUCUGAAGCUGACGAGUGGGAUGCCUAUGCCAAGAAGUCGUCCAGGAAAAAGUCAAAAGAGCGUGUUUUGGGUCGGAGGGCAUCCCGAGAACGGGCCUUAGAACGUGAGAUGAGGCGGGAACGAUCACGUUCUCGGGAGAGGGUCACUCAAGUCAGUUCAAUGGAAACCUCACGAACUGAGUCCCAUGCUUCUGAAAGUAGCUCUGUGACAACUUCUCGUCAACAGUUCUUCAAAGUGGAGCAGCAAAUGCAACUAUCACAGUCGUACAAGGAGACCAGAGUGUCCUCUGUGACAGCUCGCAGAGUGGUCGGAGAUGAAUCUCAACUUCCACCAAUUCCACCUCCGAGGAGCAAAGGAAAACAUCAUUAUGAAGUUAUCCAAGUCAAGGACGAGGCUGACGGCAUUCGGACCAGCACUCCGAAAAAGUCUCCUUACCAAUUUUGGCGGGAACAUCAAUCCCAAGAGCAGGUCGACGACAAUGGCACUGUCCGUCGGACCUACGUUGAGACCUCAGGAGCAGUGAGUAAUCAACAAGUUGUCAUGAAGGAAUCUCGGGUUAUCAAACGGGAGCGUAACGUGUCUAGCUCAUCACAACGCUCCACUGCCUCUUCCACAGCUGAGCCAUUGUCCAAAGUGGCUGUCAGCUCAGUACCUAGCCCUCAGCAGGCUGAAAGGGUUUUUGUGGAGGACAAUAGUCAGCCCAAAGAAGGUGGUCGUAAAGAGAAGAAAUCGAUCUCGGCAAUGUUUUCUUCCUUUACCUCCUCCGCAUCUUCCAAGAAGAAAACUGACAAGGUGGCACCUGAGUUGGAGCAGAAAAUUUCGGCAUCCUCUCCGAUGAAGGCCCUUCCUUUGAAUCCGGACUUCCAAACCCAAAUGCAAGUGGGGGAUAGUGGAGCCACUCCAAUAACCCUAUCUUCAUCGGCCUCUACCAAGAAUGUUGGGGAGGAAACGCUGCUCGGCACAGUGCUCCACCCCAAACCCCCUCAACCCCCUCGUCCAUCGGCAAGGACCCCCUUUCAAGAAUGGCGAACCUAUCGGCAAGUUUCCCAAUCUCGUGAAGGAGCAUCUCCUGUCAGUCUGAACCCCGAACCUCGAAGAAUCUCAGCUCCGGCCUACUCUCCUAGCCUCGUUCGCCCCGGUCUCCGGGCCCGGACCCCUGAUCCGGACUAUGACAAUGUGUCAAUGGCUAGUACAGGAUCUCGCUCCUCUUGGGGUUUCCGUCAAGGAUCAGAUACAUCUCACGAAGACAUCCACAAGCUUGUGGGUCCUCAAUACUACGCAGAUCGGCAACGCAGUAUUAGUUCCAUGGGCAUUCCGCGCUACCAACAUCGUCCUCGAACCCCGUCUUCCAUGUUAUCCGCCAGUCCCAGACUGGAGAGACAAAUCCGAGCCCCUUCCUCCGAAGCUCUUUCUGGGCGACCCAAUUCGGCCUUGGCCAACCCAGAGAGUCAGGAGUGGUAUGACAAAUACCAAUUGAAGGCGUUUCCUCACGAUGCUGAAUUUGGGGAACAAGAAUAUGCCAAACACAACUAUGACACCCACAUUAAUCAAAUCCGAGAUGAACAAGAACGCGUUCAAAAGAAAACGUUCGUCAACUGGAUCAACUCCUACUUGGCCAAGCGAAUCCCACCCAUGAAAAUUGAGGACCUCGCCGAUGGCCUCAGAGACGGAACUCGCCUUUUGGCUUUGUUGGAGGUCUUGGGCGGGGAACGUUUGCCCAUGGAAAAGGGGCGUGUCUUGAGAAGACCUCAUUACCUUAGCAAUGUGAAUACUGCCCUCGAAUAUCUCCGAUCCAAACGAAUCAAGUUGGUGAAUAUCAAUGCGGCGGAUGUAGUGGAUGGACGGCCAGCUGUGGUACUCGGUCUCAUUUGGACCAUCAUCCUGUACUUCCAGAUUGAAGAAAACACUCGAGUCCUGGAAACCCUUGGACAACGCUAUGGCAGCCCAGCGGUGAAAGGCUACCAAACCGGUGAAUCUGAAGACGAUCGAAGCACUCCUGGCGGAGCUGGAAGGAAGCUCUCUGUACCAGAAAAAUGGAAGUUGGGUGCCAAGAAAGCCCUUCUUCAUUGGUGUCAAACCCAAAUUGGACAGAAAUUUGGCGUCUCCGUCAGCGAUUUCGGCAAAAGCUGGCGGGAUGGCAACGCAUUCCUGGCUAUUGUCAAUAGCAUUCAACCUGGUGAGUUUGGUACAGUUUCGGAGUGCUUGGAUUAA